AUGCACAUUGUAAUGUGGGUGAAUCUGCAAACCAACCUGCAUCAUCUGCCAUCCACCCGACCCAUCUAAAAAAUAUAUAUGGGUGGGUGGUGGGUUAAAAAUUGUCAAUCCAUUUAAGUGCAAAUGGGUGCAUUUCACGGUGAAAAAUCAAAAUCCACUCCACCCACCAAUGCCCACCCUUCCAAAAAUCAUAUAAAUGGGAACCUUCCCCUGCCUCCUUUCCUUUCCAUUCCACCACCACCCUCGACUUUUUUUGAAUCAAACACUCUCCACUCUCGUCCUUUCCCAUUCGAGAACAGAGAAAAAAACGUUUCGAUGGCGAAAGUAGGGAAGCUAACGAAGCUGAAAUCCGCAAUCAAGAAGUGGCCGUCUUUCUCCGCCGCCAAGCAGACCUACCACCAUCAUCACGAGCAGCAGCAGCAGGAGGCGGAGGCGGCGGCAGAGUCUGAUGAGCCGCAGAAGAUUCUUCACUCUGUCUACGUCGGGAAGUCGCGGCGGCGGUACCUUUUGACGACGGAAGUGAUGUGCCAUCCUAUGUUCCAGGAGCUGAUGCAGAGGUCCGGCGGGUUGGACGCCGACGGCCAGAUCAUCGUCGGGAGCGAGGUGGUCCUGUUCGAGCAUUUGCUUUGGAUGAUCAACGACCAGAUCAAUGGCGGCGGGGACAGAGAUUCGUCGUCACAGGCCGGGUCAAUGGAGGAGCUGGUUGAUUUCUAUUGCUGCUAGCUGGGAUUGCUGAUAACAGAGGAAUAAAGGGGGGAAAAACAGAGCAUAUUUCUAUAUGUUUAAUUGUAAAUUGAGUAGUAGCUUAUCAAACGUUUUGGCGGAUUAUGGGUAGAGUUAUUUUGGAUUGAUGAGAGGGAAGAACCAACCUUUUCUCCUCUCUCUGUCUCUUUUGGAUUCUCAAUCUUCUGGGUCAUUUGGCUUUAGGGGCACGAAUGCUUCUCACUUUGUAUUAGUGUUUAAUUUGAAAUGUACUGAUCUUUUCUUAAUCUGCAUUUUCAGAUGUUAUCGUCCUUCAUCAAUAGCUUCAAUCAUGCUAUUUUUCAGAGAUUUUAAUCAACUAAGUUAUGUAUUAGUUACCAUUUAAAACUAAAUAAGUUAGUGACGUAGUCAGACUCUGAGUCGAUUGAGAUUCUUUGAAGUUUAAUAAUACUAAAGUUUAUGUAACUAAUGAGUUUUGAGUUGAGAGGUUCUUAGAUGAGUUAAAAAUACGAGGUUCUAAAUUUUAAAGAUCAUACGGAACCUUAUGUAUGUAAAUCACUGUCACCGGUUGAAGUUGGUUUUAAUGUAUUGGAUAGCGCUAGUUUAUGUUUCUCUUCCAUUAAUAGUAUUGAUCACUAUGCAUUUUAGUGGUAAGCAUUAUCAUUUACUUUUGCUUCUUAAGAAUCUAUGAUAAUUUCUUUCUUGUACAUGAAUUAUGUUCCCCAAAUCAUCAUCCACUUGUUGUACAUUGUCACUUAACUUCUACUUCUGCCAAAUCCAAAAAUAUAACUUGAUAUGAACUUUUAAAGAGUUGUUUUCUUAUAAGAGUAUAAUAACAUAUUGUUAUUGUCGUUCAAUUUUCCUCCAUCCAAAAUGUUCAAUCAAUAUCUUACAUUAUUACGAAAAUGAACCAAACACCAUAAACGACCAUCGUCUAUCUAAACAGUGUCAUGUGAUCAUCCACACCUUCAACACACAGAUCGCCUCAAGCUCUCAUUCAAAACCCAACUCCAUUAAAAUGAAAGUAUCAUCCUGUUACGAGUAUAGAAUUCGCAAUUAAAAUUAUCGAUUCUCAACGAACCAAAAGUUAAAAUGACCAUGUAAUACAAACCCCUAGCUGACCAAUUUCAGGUACCUAGCUACCUACCUACACCUUGAUUACAGGCACAAGGGUCCCUCCCUCUCUAUUUUUGGAGCUGGCAUGGCGGUCGAGGAGCUAUAAUAAUAUUUGAACGAACAAACCCCUUAUUGCUUGUUGCUCUGCUUUUCUUUUCUUUGCCAGUAAGUUUGUCCAUUACUCUCCUCCAAGAUAUCCUUUUCAAUUCAUCACUGCUACCAUAUUUUGGCACAGCUUGUGAUGGUAUCUGUAAGCAAGAAAGAAACAAUAUGUACUUAUGUAACAAUAUUCAACUUGCUUUCUUUAUUGAUUCAUUUUCUCCCUUCUGGUCCCAGACGCCAUAACCCGACAUUUAAAUCAAAACCCACUGUUCCUUUGUCAUGUUGGAAUGGACAAACUCAACUUAUUCACAAUCUCCAUCCAUGCGCGCCAGUCGCCAUCUCAUCUCUUCUCUUCCACAACAACAGCUGUCAUGCCUAGCUACACAGUGGUCGUGUCAUAGUAGUCGUGCGUAGGCGGGGUCCGUUCUUGUCUAAAUUACAUGUAAUCUUAGUCAAACCGCUAAGGAUUUUUCUUUUAUUACAUCAUAUUUUAACUAUAAUAAUAAAGUUGUAAAUUAACG